UCCAGCAGUUUUAGUGUUGCUCGAACAUGGAUCCAGAUUCGAAUCCAGAUCUCACCAUCGUCCUUCUGGGAAACACCGGCAUCGGUAAAAGUGCUUCAGGAAACACCAUCCUGGGGUACGAGGCCUUUGGGUCGGGACCUUCCCUCAGGUCAUUGACAACUGUAUUGUCUGAAAAACCUGGAACUGUGUUUGGGAAACAGAUCUCAGUGAUCGACACUCCGGGAAUUUUAGGAUGUGAGGGGGAGAUUCAGACCGAGUGUCAGCGUGUCUUGCAGUCCUCCGUACCUUGUCUGUUCCUGGUGGUUCUCAGCGUCGGACGGUUCACAGAAGAACAAGAGAAAGCUCUGAAGGCAGCCAUUGCAGUCCUCGGGAAGGAUGGACCAGACAAGAGUUAUAUACUUUUCACAAACGGGGAUGCCUUAAGAAGAUGUCAGUGGAGGAUUUCAUCUUUAAAGAAGAAAAAGAUCCACUUCCAAAAUCGUUAAAAAGUUUGCAGGGAGGUUUCAUGUCUUCAAUAAUGUAAAUGGACGACAGGAACAAGUCAAAGAUCUGCUGAUAAAGUCCGGUCACCUUCAAGGACCUCAUCAAGACCACCAGCUGUUGGUGCUGUCCAGUUGGAGGAAACAAGGAUUGUGUUGCUCGGUCUUCCUGGAGAAGGGAAGAGUUCAUCAGGAAACACCAUCCUGGGAGAGGAACUGUUUAAGUCCGACUUGGACUUUAAUGCAGUCAGUAUGAAGACUGUUUCAAAGUCAGCAGAGGUUGAGGGACGCUGGGUCACGGUGGUCGACACUCCAGGAUUAACUGAUGAAGUUCUGUCUCCUGAACAGCUGUACAACGAGAUUAUGAGGUCACUAAUCUACGCCAAUCCAGGACCACAUGCCUUUGUUAUUGUGGUGAAGAUUGGCAGGAUGUCCAAAACCAACGUUGCCCUACUUGAGAUGCUACCGGAACUAUUCGGCAAAGAGGCCCAGAAGUACACCAUGCUGGUGUUCACUCAUGGAGACGAGUUGGGAGGUCAGUCCAUGGAUCAGAAGAUCCAGUCCAGCAGCUGUGUGUCAGCCCUGGUCUCCAUGUGUGCUGGGAGAUACUGUGUGUUUGACAACAAAGAAAGAAAAAGCAAAAGGAAAGUUCGCGACUUCUCAUGAAAAAAAUCGAUGAGAUAGUGUCAGCCAACGGAGGAAAGCACUGCACAUCCGACAUGUUCAAGAUGGCCGAAAUUCCUUCAUAGGAAGCUGUGAGAACCGGGACAGCUGAAGCGACCAGGCCA